CUCAAACCUAGUCUACUAGGGCAUUCGCUCCAAGUGAUGGCGCUGCGCCUUCGCCCGGCCUUGAUCGUGGCCAGGCGUGCGUAGCUAUCGCUAGAACGUACUCGCAGCACCAAAAGCUGGCUGGAUUCGACAGGAAGUUCUUCUCGACGACAAGGAUUCGAGCGGCGAUGAGCUCUCAGGGGAUUCCUACAGUGGAUGUGGCUUCCGUGGAGAUUGAGGUUCUGGGAAAGCGCGUCUCGGUCGCGGGAAUUUCUGCAAUGCCAGAGAGUGUAGUCAGCGCGGCAGUGGAAUCUAUCCCAUUCCAACGGUGGCUUAAGACGAUCACUGGUCCGGCAGGCAUUCUCUCCUUGAGUGACGAACGAGGUACUCGAUGCUCUCUUCAAGGAAUAACCAUCCAGAGCGUAGAUAUGUUUGGAAAGCGUGUGGGAUUUGUGAAAUUCAAAGCGGACAUCGUGGACGAGAAAACUGGAGCAAAGCUUCCUGGGGUUGUUUUUGGUCGAGGUGGAGCUGUGGCUGUACUCAUGCUGCUGGAGUGCGCAGGGGAGAAACAUGUCGUUCUCACCGAGCAAGCUAGAGUUCCAGUGGGUCGUGUGAUCCUGGAAUUACCAGCAGGAAUGUUAGAUGACGACGCAGGAGAUUUUGUUGGAACGGCUGCGAGAGAGAUUGAGGAGGAGACAGGAAUUCACAUAAAAACCUCCGAUUUGAUCGAUCUAACCGCACUCCUCGACAAGGAAACAGGACAGAAGAUGUUCCCAUCACCGGGGGGCUCCGAUGAAGAAAUAACACUGUUACUGUACAGAGGUCACAUAAAUCCAGAGGCUCUCUCGGCGCUUCAAGGACAAGAGCAAGGCCUGGUUGAGCAUGGCGAGCUCAUCAAGGUUCAUGUGGCGCCGUAUCGAAAGCUAUGGAGGUACACUGCCGACGCCAAAGCUCUUGCGGCCAUUGCCAUUUACGAGAUGGCAACCAAGGAAGGAAUUUUGCCCGAGCUCUCGAGCUUGUAAACAAACCUCUAAACCCCUCUUGCCAUUUGCCACGAUUGUGGUGUGACUUCCCGCCAUUUCCUUUGGGGCCGGUGUGGGAAGGUAAUAACAUAAGAAAUUGCACUUAUUGUUUC